AUGGCUUCCAGUGCUUAUCCGACGCCUGUCAGCGAUGUUGCUGAUGCACAAGGCGAAGUUCUGCCACUGGUUCAGGGCGAAAGCAAUGAAGGCAACAGCAGUGAUGGUUCGGAGAGUGUGCAUUCUUCGGAUUUUGGUUCGGAGAAGUCCGACGAUGAAGGUGUGACGAAGGGCUCAGGUGACGACCCGUCCCCUGUUGGAAAGAAGCACGAGGACGACGACGAUGACAAGACAACUGGCGGCGCUACAUCCUCUGCUGGUGAAGUGAGUGUCAAGAAGCUCCUGUUUGACGACCUUGACGAGAGCUACAAGUUGGAGAUGAAGAAGCAGUCCUACGAGCAGUUGCAGGAGCACUUGGCGUCGGUUCUCGCCACGAACAAGGAGAUUGUCUUGAAGCAGAAGUUCAUUUCCGACCUGAUGCGCACCUUGAAGAACGAAGAGAAGAAGAAGAUGACGAAAGAGGAAAAACAGAAGAAGAUGGACGAGCAAAAGAGAGAAAGGGAGAAGCUGAGAAACCAGAGCUUGACGCUCCACAUCAGUUUCAACAACGUCAUCACCAAAGUCACCUUGAAGGGUUCUCACACCCUUCGCGACCUUCGCGAGAAGUUCAGCGAGCAGGCUGGAAUGACUAAGAAGCAUGCGAAAAGGGUGCUCUUUCGGAUGGGCAACGAGGUCAUGAAUGACCACGCUCGCAGAACAAUGGCAGGAUGGAAAGUUCGGAACGAUGAUGUGAUCAUCGCCAGUGUUUCCGGACAGGGCGGUAUGGCAAAGCGUGGCAGAGGCGACUUGUUUGACUACGACUUGAAUGAGUGCCCCGUGAAGCCGGAGCACCAACAGCUCUUUGAGAAGGUCUUCGCCACCAGCAAGGUCAUCGCCGAGAUGAAGGAGCCGAACCCCGAGGACAUCAUCAAGCUCAUCGGAAAGGACGACUUGAAGGAGCUGGUUGAUGACUUGUCGAGCAGUCGCAACCGAACGCAAGGGAAGCUGCUGACGAUUGGCGACAAGGUGCCCGACAUUCAGGAAAUCAACAAGUUGAUUGCUAUGCUCACCUACACCUGCGACCGCUUCAAGCGCCUCUUCGGGAAGUCCUUGUACCACUACGGAAAGAUGGGCGAGAAGUUCGAUAUGUCCAUCGUCAUCGGUCUGUUGAAGUCCAACUUGAAAGGCUCGGUUCCUGAUGCUUCAAUGAACUCGUGA